AUUCUUGACGAUCAGACCUUUGCGCAGGUCUAAAAGAGUGGGGCAAUUUGUAUCCCCACUAAACCCGGUGAAGGUUUCAGGUCUGUUUAUGAUGACUUCAGUGAUCUCUACGGGCGAUAUCAGGAAAUGCAACAGGUGAAAAACUAUUCAAUGCGCUGUCGUCGUUCCCGCUAACACGCAAACUAGCCGAGGAAGUUGCACUUCUGGAAGACAACUGCCUGCAUUUGGGAAGUUCGAGGAAGGGAGAAAUAAUAAUUAUUCUCACGCAACAGAAAACCUACUGCCAUGGACGACAACUUGAGUAACUCUAAUGUAAAGGUCGCUGUUCGCCUCCGACCAAUGAACAGAAGAGAAAAGGAUCUGAAGACUAAAUGUGUGGUGGAGAUGAACGGGAACCAGACAGUGUUGAAUCCAGCCAGUCAGAACCUGAGCAAGGGAGACCCCAGGAAUCAGCCUAAGGUCUUUGCUUAUGACCACUGUUUCUGGUCCAUGGAUGAGGCCGACACAGACAAGUUUGCAGGUCAAGAGGUCGUGUUCCAGUGCCUUGGAGAAAGUCUUCUGGACAAUGCCUUCUUGGGCUAUAACGCCUGUAUCUUCGCUUAUGGACAGACAGGCUCAGGGAAAUCGUACACCAUGAUGGGUUCGUCAGAGCAGCCAGGUCUGAUCCCACGGCUGUGCAGCUCUCUGUUUGACCGGAUCCUACAGGAACAGAGGGAGGGAGAGAGCUUCACUGUAGAGGUCUCCUUUAUGGAGAUCUACAACGAGAAGGUUCGGGAUCUACUGGAUCCCAAAGGAAGUCGUCAGGCCCUGCGAGUGAGGGAACACAAGGUGUUCGGGCCUUACGUUGAUGGUCUGUCCCGUCUGGCUGUAGCCUGCUAUAAGGACAUAGAGUGUCUGAUGUCAGAGGGUAACAAGUCUCGUACAGUAGCAGCCACGAAUAUGAACGAGGAGAGCAGCAGGUCCCACGCCGUCUUCAACAUCAUCCUCACACACACUCUAAUGGACCUGGGUUCUGGGACCAGUGGGGAGAAGGUCAGUAAGCUGAGUCUGGUGGAUCUGGCUGGCAGUGAGAGAGCUGCUAAGACUGGAGCUACUGGAGAGAGAAUGAAGGAGGGGAGCAACAUCAACAAGUCUCUGAGCACACUGGGCUUGGUGAUCUCAGCGCUGGCAGACCAAGGAGCAGGGAAGAACAAGACCAAGUUUGUUCCCUACAGAGACUCCGUUCUGACCUGGCUACUCAAGGACAGUCUGGGUGGUAACAGUAGGACAGCCAUGGUGGCCACGGUGAGUCCAGCAGGUGAUAACUACGACGAGACGUUGUCCACGCUGCGCUAUGCUGACCGGGCUAAGAGCAUCGUCAACCAUGCCGUCGUAAACGAAGACCCCAACGCACGCAUCAUCAGAGAGCUACGGGAGGAGGUGGAGAAACUACGAGACCAGCUCACUGAGGCGGAGUCCAUGAAGGCUCCAGAUCUGAAGGACAGGCUGGAGGAAUCGGAGAAGCUGAUCCAGGAGAUGACCGUUACCUGGGAGCAGAAAUUACGCAAGACUGAGGCAGUCGCUCAGGAGCGACAGAAACAGUUGGAGUCUCUAGGCAUCUCUCUCCAGUCGUCUGGUAUCAGAGUGGUAGAUGACAAGUGUUUCCUUGUCAACCUCAACGCUGACCCCGCCCUCAACGAACUGCUGGUCUACUACCUAAAGGAGCACACGCGUGUUGGCUCUGCUGACUCUCAGGAUAUCCAGCUGUGUGGUAUGGCCAUCCACCCUGAACACUGUGUCAUCAACAUCACCGCUGAGACUGGAGUGGUGCUCACGCCACACCGCACCGCACGUACGUGUGUGAAUGGCUCUUCAGUCACCAACCCAGUCCAGCUUCACCAUGGAGACCGCAUCCUGUGGGGAAACAACCACUUCUUCAGGAUCAACCUGCCCAGACACCUGGCCCAUGCGGGGGGUGAGGAUGAGGAGGGUGGUGUGAUGAAGAGUUUCCUCAGUACUGACCAGUUGGAGGUGGACUUUGAUACGGCCAGUGACGUCUCCAGCGAGGUCAGCUUCGGAUACGAUUUCGCCCAGACAGAGGUCAUGAUGAAAGGCAUGGGCAACAACGACCCCAUGCAGUCUGUCCUCCAGACGUUGGAGCGACAGCACGAGGAGGAGAAAAGGACGGCUCUGGAGCGACAGAGACAGAUGUACGAGCAGGAGCUACAGCAGCUGAGGAAGCGUCUCCCUCCUGCAGAGAAACACACCUUGCUGCAGAGCCCUGGGCCUGCAGACCUGGAGCCAGCCGGACCCUCGGCAGCAUCGCUCGCAUCAUCACCCUGCGCCCAGACACGCAUGCGCCGCUGGAGCGAGGACAGAGAGGCCAUGAUGACGCGUAGCCUGCGAAGGCUGAGACAACAGAUCGUCAGAGCUAACCUGCUGGUGCAGGAGGCUGGCUUCAUAGCUGAGGAACUCAACAAGAGGACAGAGUACCUGGUCACACUGCAAAUACCUGCUGCUAACCUCAAUGCCAACAGAAAGCGUGAUGCGGUGCUGAGUGAGCCCGCGGUGCAGGUGAGGCGUCAGGGGAAAGGGAAACAGAUCUGGGCUCUGGAGAAGAUGGAGAACAGACUGGUGGACAUGAGAGAACUGUACCAGGAGUGGAAGGACUAUGACGAAGACAACCCUGUGAUGCGUUCUUACUUCAAGCGUGCCGACCCGUUCUUCGACGAGCAGGAGAACCACAGUCUGAUUGGAGUGGCCAACGUGUUUCUGGCCUGUCUCUUCUACGACGUCAAGCUGCAGUACGCUGUACCUAUCAUCAACCAGAAGGGAGAGGUGGCAGGGCGUCUCCAUGUAGAGGUGUGGCGGGGAAGCAAGGGGCUGGAGGAGACCACUGCAGAUGGAGAGACUCGCAAAAUGGAGUGUGUGGUGAGGAUCCUGCAGGCUACAGGUCUUCCCCGUCACCUGGGUAACUUUGUGUUCUGCCAGUACCACUUCUGGGGGCAGGACGAGCCUGUUUUCAUCGCCCCUGAGAUGGAGCCCUCACCUCCGUCAGCCACCAGCAAAGAGCCCCUCUGCACCGUGCUGUUUGACAGUAGCAAGGAGAUGGAGGUGUGUGUGUCCGAGGAGUUUGUGGAGUUUGUGGCGGAGGGGGCAGUGGCCAUCGAGGUAUUCGGACAUAAGCAGGCCAACCACCGCAGGAACCUGGCUCUCUGGGAUCUGGGAGUCAUUCAGGCCAAGACACGAACCCUCAGAGAGAGGUGGAGUGAGGUGACUCGUAGAUUAGAGCUGUGGGUUCAGGUGUUGGAGCUGAAUGAAGCAGGAGAGUUCACCCCUGUGGAGGUCCUACCACCCAAGGACGUGGGCACUGGGGGCAUCUUCCUGCUCCGACAGGGCCAGUCUCGUCGUGUUCAGGUGGAGGUCCGGUCCGUACAGGACUCGGGCACCAUGCCUCUCAUUGCCACAAAAAUCCUCUCUGUUUCCAUCGGCAACGUGGAGGUUCGGCAGGCCCGCCCUUCGGAUGAGGACAUGGACAGCUAUCAGGAAGUUGAUCUGGAGAGGUUGAGGGACCAGUGGCUGACCACCCUCACUACGAGACAAGAGUACCUGGACCAGCACCUGCAGAAGAUGGUCCAAAAGCCCGAUAAGUCAGAGGACGACGUGGAGAGGGAGGCUCAGCUGUUAGAAUGUCGUCUGACCCUGACAGAGGAACGUAACGCCGUCCUGUUACCUUCGGCUGGUAGCGGGAUCCCUGGAGCCCCCGCAGAGAGAGUUCCUGUUCCUGGGAUGGAGACUCACAUUCCUGUCCUCUUCCUGGACCUUAGUGCUGAUGAUUUCCAGGACAACCUGUCUGCUCCGCUGGCUGGAGGUCUGGACGCCAUGCUGAACCAUGAGGAUGAGGAUGAGUUCUUCGACCUGCACAUCGUCAAACAUUCCGAUGGAGAGGUUGGUGCGGAGGCGGCGUGGGACUCUACGGUACAUGACUGUCCCCAGUUGAGUCGCGGCGCGUCGGCUGACCUCCGAGUGUACCUGACAGUCAGGGUCGUAGUUCAGCUCUCACACCCUGCUAACAUGCAGCUGGUCCUCAGAAAACGCAUCUGUGUCAACCUAGCUGGAAGACAGGGUUGGGGUCAGAGUCUGAUGAAGAAGAUGUCUCAUCGCAGCACCAUUCCUGGCUGUGGAGUCACCUUGGAGAUCGUCUCCAACAUACCUGGGGAUGUCCAGGGUCCAGAGGACAGAGAGAUGCUGGCCAGACUAGCCGCCAGUGUGGAUGUUCAGGAUGUCCAGUCAGGGGACAGUGAGGCUGCCAUAGAGAAGUACCUGCGCAGUGUCCUGGCUGUGGAGAAUAUACUCACCCUGGACCGACUACGACAGGAAGUUGCAGUGAAGGAGCGGUUGUCUGUCAAGACGAAGUCUCCCAGACGUGCUCUCAGCUCUCCUAAUGUGAACCGGCUGUCAGGAUCCUGGAGCAGACAGGACCUGUCCACCAACCACAGGCUACAUGGCAACAAGGGCUGGUCCGAGAGUCACCAGGACCUGUCAGUUGUUCCUCCCCCGUCCCAUUCCAGACGUACCCUCUCUGGCUCCACUCUACCUCUGGCCCAGAACAUCCUCCCUGACGCUGUCAAGGCUCUGGUCCCUCCUGUCCCCCAACUGCUCAAGUCCCUGUUCUCCGCCAGGGAGGAGAAGAGAGACCUGACUCCUGUCCCCCAACAGCCUGUUCCUCGGAGCCUGCCUUUCAUCAGAGUGCAGUCACCAAGUGUUGAAGAGGACUUGGAUACCACACUUGGUCGUCACUUGGUUCCCAUUGGAGAAAUCAUCCCCCCAGAGAGCCAAUCAGAGGCCCCAAAAACCAUGCCCCUCCCACCACCCAUCAUCCCUGAGAUGGAAGAGCCCGCCCCCAGCCCGGUCAGCGAGGCGUCUACCAGCGUCUCCAUGGCAACCCUGUCAGAGCCCUACCUGAUUGGUGGGGACGUCACUCCGUCAGCCAAUCUCAGGCCAGAUGGCUUUGAGGCGAUGCACAGGUCAUUCGAGGCAGACAUCGGUCGGUACCUUCAUCAUGACUGUAACAUGGCCGACCAGGAGGAAGAGGAGGAGACUCCUCAGAUACCCCAGGCCACUGCUACUGACCCGGAGGCUUCGGAGACCGAGAGGACUGAUACUAGUACACCCCAGACAGACAGGACUGAUACUAGUACACCCCAGACAGACAGGACUGAUACUAGUACACCCCAGACAGACAGGACUGACACUAGUACACCCCAGACAGACAGGACUGAUACUAGUACACCCCAGACAGACAGGACUGAUACUAGUACACCCCAGACAGACAGGACUGAUACUAGUACACCCCAGACAGACAGGACUGACACUAGUACACCCCAGACAGACAGGACUGACACUAGUACAUCCCAGUCAGACAGGACUGAUACUAGUACAUCCCAGACAGACAGGACUGAUACUAGUACAUACCAGGCAGACAGGACUGAUACUAGUACAUCCCAGGCAGACAGGACUGAUACUAGUACAUCCCAGGCAGACAGGACUGAUACUAGUACAUCCCAGACAGACAGGACUGACACUAGUACAUCCCAGACAGACAGGACUGAUACUAGUACAUCCCAGGCAGACAGGACUGAUACUAGUACAUCCCAGGCAGACAGGACUGACACUAGUACACCCCAGACAGACAGGACUGAUACUAGUACACCCCAGACAGACAGGACUGAUACUAGUACAUCCCAGACCGAGAGGACUGAUACUAGUACAUCCCAGGCAGACAGGACUGAUAAACUCAGAGCAGAAUCUCAUCUCCCAUUAGAACCACACGGCACCUCAGGAGAACCUGAACACGAGACUCCAUCAGAGUCACUGACACAGUCCAUGCCAAACAAGUCUACACAAGUCCACUACAGACUACUACCGUCUGUAGUGUCAGAACAAUCAGUCCAGUCAGAGUCACUGACACAGUCCACACCAGAUAAAUCUACACAUGAACCGUCUAUAGUGUCACAUCAGUCUGAACCACCAGUCCACAUAGAAGAACAAAUGGAGUCCGAGAUACCUCAGGAACAACCAGAGACGGAGUUAAUGUUGUCAUCGUCACGGGGACAGACAGAACAACAUGUCGGCAAGUCUGUAACGGAUCUUCCAGAAUCAGAACUGUCUGCAUCAGAACAGUCUGCAUUUGAUCGACCAGAACCACCGGUAGAAUCGGCACCAGGUCUUAAAGAGUCUCCACCACUGGACCAGUCUCCACCAGCACCAGCCCUGCUACAAGAAUCAGAUCAAGCAGCCACAGAACAGACAGGACUGGGUGAAUCAGCUGGUUCAGAACCAGUACUAGGCCAAACAGAUCAACCAGUAGAAGCAUGUCCAGACCAGUCCCAGCCUCCAUCAGAGCUACCAGAAGAACUAGACCAGCGGGCACCGGCAGCCCAGUCUGAACCUGCACCUACCCCUGUGGAGCCUCCAGUUGAUGAGCCUGCACCUAGCCAACAAGUCAAAGCACCAGCGCCAAUCCCAGCACCAGCCCAAUCUGUAGCUCCGGGACCUGCCCAUCCAGCUCCGACCUCAACACCAGCCCCUACACCUGCCCAUCCAGCUCCGACCUCAACACCAACCCCUGCCCCAGCCCCUACACCUGCCCAUCCAGCUCCGACCUCAACACCAACCCCUGCCCCAGCCAAAGCCCCUCUUCUAACCCUAAACCCUGUCCCAUCACUAGUCGUCAAAACUCCCACUUCCAGUAGCACAUCAGCCAACGCAUUCAAGAUCCAGAAAGUAAAGACAUCCGACCUGAAGUCCUUCCAACCUAUCUUAGAUGAGGAUGAAGGCCAGGCAAGGGCAGAAAGAGCUGGGGCCAGUAGUCUGGGUGUUGACCUCUCUGUUCCUCUGGAGAGAUUGGAGAUCCUCUCCGACUCAGACGAAGGAGUCACAGACGUAACCACAGCCGUGCCUGACUGGCUGAAGGAGGGGGAGUUUGUGACUGUAGGAAGUCAUAAAAGUGGGAUGGUGAGCUACGUGGGACCUACAGACUUUGCAGAGGGAACCUGGGUUGGAGUGGAGCUAGAUUUACCUGCAGGGAAAAACGACGGGUCCGUGGGUGGAAAGCACUACUUCCACUGUAACCCUGGUUACGGUGUGUUGGUGCGUCCUGAUAGGGUGAGCCGUGGAGGAGUCGGGGGCGGGGCUAAGCAGAAGCGGCGACAGCAGCAGAAGCGUCGCAGUGCUAACCUAUCAGGGUCCAGCCCUAACCUGGCUGCCCUCACUGCCCUGGCCAAGGGAGAGGGGACUGGGGCCAGUCGCAAGGGACAGAACCGCAAGUCCUGGAACAGCUAAGAGGAGAGGGUAGCAGGGUUGGGGUCAAUUUCAUUUAAAUUCAGGAAAACCGAAAUUCCAUUUUUUCCUCAAUGCUUCUCUAUGAGACAAAUGAACUGAAUUGAAAUGGUAUUGAGCCCAACCCUGAAGGGUAGUUUUCUCUGUAUAGUUCCAUAGGUGAAAAUGAACCAUAGGGAGAAGAGAGAUCUACAUACACUGAACAAAAAAUGUAAACACAACAAUUUCAAAGAUGUUUUACACUUCUUAUAAUGAAAUCAGUCAAUUGAAGUGAAUUCAUUAGGUUCUUAAUCUAUGGAUUUCACAUGACUGGGAAUACAGUUAUGCAUCUGUUGGUCACACGGAUACCUUAAAAACAGUUUCAAAAUAAGUAGUGGCGUGGAUCAGAUAACCAGUCAGCCAGCAGCAUAACACCUUGUACCCCACUGCUGGCUGAAGUCCUGCUCGGUCCCUGGAUGGGAGACCAGAUGCUGUUGCAAGUGGUGUUGGAGGGCCAGUAGGAGGCACUAUUUCCUCUGGUCUAAAAAAAAAAUCCCAAUACACGAGGGCAGUGAUUGGACACUGCUCUGUGUAGGGUGCUGUCUUUCGGAUGGGACGUUAAACGGGUGGAAGUCCUGGGCUGGCGUGGUUACACGUGGUCUGUGAUUGUGAGGCCGGUUGGACGUACUGCCAAAUUCUCUGAAAUGGCGUUGGAGGCGGCUUAUGGUAGAGAAAUUAACACUCAAUUAUCUGGCAACAGCUCUGGUGGACAUUCCUGCAGUCAGCAUGCCAAUUGCAUGCUCCUUCAACUUGAGACAUCUGUGGUAUUGUGUUGUGACAAAACUGCACAUUUUAGAGUGGCUUUUUAUUGUCCCCCAGCACAAGGUGCACCUCUGUAAUGUACAUGCUGUUUAAUCAGCUUCUUGAUAUUCCACACCUGUCAGGUGGAUGGAUUAUCUUAGGAAAGGAUAAAUACUCACUAGCAGGAAUGUAAACAAAUUUGCACAAAAUUUCAGAGACUGGGUUCUUUUUAUUUCAACUUAUGAAACAUGGGACCGACACUUUAGAAGGUUGAUUUUAUAUUUUUUGUUCAGUGCAGAAGUUCUGUCUCACUACUCCUGUACAAAGGUACCAGGAUCGGGUUAAAUUCAGUCAAUGCAGAAAGGACACUGAAAUUCCAAAUUAGAAUUUAGAAUUUAGGUGUUCUUCCGGAAUUAUACUGGAAUUGAUUCCAACCCUGGUCGGUAGAGGUGCAGCUGAAAACCACAGGAACAUUUCAAGAGAUAAGAGAUGCACAUCUUGCUCAUUUUUAAAAGUCUAGCCAUCGAUGGACAGAUAAGAGGAGAGGUCCAGUUUAUGAUGCUGCAUCAAUAUGCAAGUCCAUGUAUCCAGGCUUUCAUACUGUUAUUUCUGUUAUGUUUUUUUCUUUGCCUUACAAAGUUGUAUAGGGUCUCUCAGGUUCUCAUUAAAAUAACUAAUGUGGUUAAGUAAUGUCAUGACAUAUGCUUUCGGAAGCUUUGUUCACCCUGCAGCUCUUAAUGCUCAAAUCAAUACUGACUGCAUUGUGUUACGUCCCUGCUACGCUCGUCCCUCGAUCUCAGUGCACACAGCCGUCGUGCUAUACACAUGUCUCGAAUCGGAUGUGUGUUUCCAGACUGUUGUGAUUGGCUGACAUGGCUGCUGCUACGCUCGUCCCUCGAUCUCAGUGCACACACCCGUCGUGCUAUACACACGUCUCGAGUCGGAUGUGUGUUUCCAGACUGUUGUGAUUGGCUGACAUGGCUGCUCUGGUUGUCAAGGUAAUGGCAGGCGUACGCGCGUUGCUGUAGGCUGAUUGGUGGUGGUGCUCGUGUUUCCUCUCACUCAGAAAGCUGUUGUGCAGCAAGCUAAGUUGACUGACAACAAUGCCUGCUAUAUGGAAGUCUCCCAGUUGCUUUACAUGCUCAAAAUCAUCAAAGCGUGAGAACACUUACAAAGCCUCAAAGGAUAAGGAUGAUCCACCUUCUCAAAACGAGUCAUUUUUGUCUGGCCACAGCGGUCAACCUAGGUAGCUGUUUAGUUUGUUGGCACAUACAGUCAUUUGUUUGUAAACAAUUUAACAAGCUACUUAGCUACCAUAAGUGUUUGUUGAAACUGUCAACAGAGUAGCAAGCAACAAGAUUUGCCAAAUAAGUCUUAAAAACCACUUGAAGGAAAAUAAAUUAGAUUUGACUGUUCAGACAUAAGUCAUUGGCAUAAAUCCGAUUUGUAUCUGAUUUCAAUUCACCUCGAAAUAUCUGAUUCCAUGCUUUUUAGGCGUUCCGACUGCAGGAAAGAAAAAAACAGAUUAAAAUCGGAUAUGCCUUCAAAAAAAAAGUGGAUUUGAGUCACUUCAAACUUCUAGUGUAAACAAGGCUUUAGUGGGUAUCAUUGUAUUGGAAUAUAGGGAUGAACCCCAAAUACGUGAUGCCCAAUGGGUUGCUCUAACUAACAAGUAGUGCACCACCCAGUGGGGAAUAUGUGUACUGACAUUACCACAAAUGAUGUGCCUUGUUUUAUCAACUAUGUUAGUAGAACAGUAUGGCCCUUUUUUUGUUUGUUCUGAGUUUCUGUUUUUUUUCUAAGGGGAAAUAUACUGUAUACUUGAACUUCCGAACAAGUUUGCACUCUGUCCAUUUUGUAAUAAUACUACUGAAACUCUGCUAGGUUUUAUCAUUCCGUGUAUCUGUUUGGUAAAGUGUGAUUUGGGGAUAAUAUUGGGAGGGGAAGAAUGCAGACCUGGGAGAAUCAGAAUGAAGUAAAUGGAUGAAGAGUUCUGCAAUGGUUUAGACAUUGGACACUGGGUUUGUUUUUUAAUUGAUAUGUUUGAAAAUGUUUUUAUACUUGUGAUAUUCAAUUUGAUCUGACUAUGAAUGUUUUAAGACGGACAAUUAAAAAGAUACACUGUAGAGGAAGAGACAAAUCUACAUGAUUUUGUUUUAUAUCAAUAAUAUGGUGUUACAAUAAACUUUACUGUGGAUACACCAA